AUGAAAGCUAACACCAAGGACGCUGUGAGUAUCGGUCUCGCUGCAUUAGGUAUCAAGGGUGCCUAUAGCGAAUGGAAGGAGGUUAUGGAGAAGAGCAAGGAAAAUACUCAUUUCCGGGAGGAAUGUGCUCAGCGCGCUGUUAGACGUGAGAAGCGUCGCGCUCGUAGCCAGGGUGCGCCUUCCCGUCAUCAUCGUUGGCCCGAUGAGAUCGAAUACGCGCCUUCGACGAUCGAUUCCCGGAGCGACCAUACGACUUUUUACCACGAUGGAAAUCCUUACGGGGCGCAUGAGGCACAGCAGAUCUCUUACUAG